GAAGCUGAAGCAGGGCCGCAUGCCGAAGACGCACAUCGACCUGUGGAACGAGGUGCGGCAGGCCAUGGAGGGCAAGGAGCUGGUCAUAGUCAAGAUCGGAAGCCACGUGAGCGCCGAGGAGGCUGUGAAAGCAGGCGUCCAGGCGCUCAACUUCCUAGGCAACAGCCUGGCGGACGAGUUCGUGGAGGACGUCAUCGAGAGCGUGCAGGUGCCAUGCCGGGCUUUCGCGACGCUCAUGGCGGCCAUAGAGGUAGAGCCUUCGCGGAUCCCGACGACGGCUGAGCGGAAGCAGGCGCACAUCAAGCAGAAGCGGCUGGGUAAGCCGAUGAGCGAGACCAAGCAUGUGGUGACUGAGGACGUGGGCGUCAGGCACCUGAAGCGCGAGACGCGCGGGUCCAGGGUGCCGAACUUGAAGGCGGAGUCGUGGCUGGCCAGUCCGUGCGAGGCUGUGCGGCCGCAGAUCGGCAACCUGAGCGCCCAGAAGAGGAGGCACAUGCUGAUCUACAGCAAGGGGCUGGGGCUACACUACUGCACGGUGUGUGGCUAA